UUCAUUUCGCUCUCUCCCUGGUCUCCCUCUCUCUUCCAUUCCUGGCUGGUAUUUUGGAGGAAGAGGUCGGCCUCCCGGUGGAGCUGGAAUAUUUACCCAGACACAUGGUUUCGUAAAACGAGAGAGAGGCAGAAUUGUGGAACAGAAGCCAAGGGUCAUGGACGUAGACCAGAUCACCAAGCGUGUCGUCUUCAUCCUUCUGGCGGCUGCAGUGAGAUGUCAAGUCAACCCAGAAAUGUGUCGCUAUCCUCUUGGAAUGACUGGAGGCCAGAUUCAGGAUGAAGACAUCUCUGCAUCCAGUCAGUGGUCCGAGUCCACUGCAGCCAAGUUUGGAAGGCUGGACUUUGAUAACGGAGACGGGGACGGAGCCUGGUGCCCAGACAUCAUGUCGGAGCCCGACGGUGUCAAAGAAUUCCUGCAGGUGGACCUUCGCUCCCUGCACUUCAUCACCCUGGUGGGCACUCAAGGUCGGCACGCUGACGGCAUGGGCAAUGAGUUCGCCCAGAGAUACAGGAUCAAGUACAGCCGGGACGGCACCAACUGGGCAGGAUGGCAGGACAGGAAAGGCAGGCAGGUGAUUGAGGGGAACAGAAAUGCGCACGACGUGGUGCUGAAGGAUCUGGAGCCUCCCAUCAUCGCCCGGUUUGUGCGCUUCAUGCCAGUGACCGACCACUCGAUGAUCGUGUGCAUGAGAGUGGAGCUCUACGGCUGCGAGUGGCUGGAUGGCCUUAAAAGCUACAGCAUCCCAGAUGGGCAUCAAAUGAUCUACAGAGGGCUGGACGUCUUCUUCAAUGACUCGGUGUACGAUGGAUCAUCUGGGGAGCGGCUGAGCAAGGGGCUCGGCCAGCUGACCGACGGCACCUGGGGUCUGGAUGACUUCCUCCACAGCCACGUCUACGGCAUGUGGCCCGGCUAUGACUACGUCGGCUGGAGCAACAGGAGCUUCCCGAAAGGCUAUGUGGAGAUGACGUUUGAGUUCGACCAUGUGCGGAACUUCACCUCCAUGAAGGUUCACUGCAGCAACAUGUUCACCCGAGGGGUGCGGCUGUUCCGACAGGCCACCUGCUAUCUGCGCUCGGGAGCAGACUGGGAGGGCGACCCGGUGUCCUUCAAGCCUGCUGUUGACCGCGUGAGCCAAAGAGCUCGGUUCGUCACCGUGCCCCUUGGGGACCGCACAGCCGUCGCCCUCAAGUGCCGAUUUCACUUCAGCGACCUUUGGAUGCUGUUCAGUGAGGUGGCCUUCCAGUCAGGCUCUGCUGUGUACAACACGUCUCUAAUAUCUCGCAAACAUCAAGCCAACAUACUCCCAGGCGAAGAUCCAACCCAUAAAGUGGACGACAGCAACACCCGGAUCCUGGUUGGCUGUUUGGUGGCCAUCAUUGCCAUCCUCUCGGCCGUCAUCGUCAUCAUCCUGUGGCGCCAAGUGUGGCAGAAGAUGCUGGAGAAGGCGUCCCGUCGCAUCCUAGACGACGAACUGACUGCUCGCCUGGCGCUCCAGACUCAGGCCUUCUCCUUCCAUCACUCCUCCCUGUCCACUGACAGCGGCUCCUCUUCCAACUCCACUUACGAGAGGAUCUUCCCCCUCAGCUCCGACUACCAGGAGCCGUCACGCCUCAUCCGGAAACUGCCAGAGUUCGCUCAGUCGACGGAAGACUUGAGUAAGACAGAGCAAUCUUUCCUGUCGCGCUUCAUCUGCUGCACUUGUAAUGUGUGUUCGGCAUCAGGAUCCAGCAGCUGUCAGAGACUCCUCGCAGCAGGCGGCGCUGACGGAGCUCCACACUACGCUGAGGCAGACAUCAUCAGCCAGCAGGAGGCUUGUGGUGACAGCGCCUCCUCAGUCACCGCUGUCAACAUCUGUGCGGACACAGACUCCGCCAUGAGAGAAUUCCCCAGAGAAAAACUCACCUUCAAGGAGAAGCUGGGUGAAGGACAGUUUGGAGAAGUCCACUUGUGCGAGGCCGAGGGAAUGCAGGACUUCUUGGUUGGAGACAUGUCUGAAGAUGAAAACAGUGGCUCUCUUUUGCUUGUGGCUGUUAAAACUCUGAGAGAAGAUGCCAACAAGAACGCAAGGAAUGAUUUCUUGAAGGAGAUCCGGAUCAUGUCUCGGUUGCGGGACCCCAACAUUGUCCGUCUGCUGGCCGUAUGUGUGGACACGGACCCUCUGUGCAUGAUCACGGAGUACAUGGAGAACGGUGACCUCAACCAGUUCCUCUGCAACCUCACACUAAAGCAGGAUUCUUCUGAAGAUAAAGCAGAGAAGGAGAAGGGCGUGGUCAGCUACCGUGAACUGAUGGGCAUGGCCAUGCAGAUUGCGUCCGGUAUGAGGUACUUGUCCUCUCUCAACUUCGUCCACCGCGACCUGGCGACACGCAACUGUCUGGUCGGUAAAAACUACACCAUCAAGAUCGCAGACUUCGGCAUGAGUCGAAACCUCUACAGAGGGGAUUACUACCGGAUCCAGGGUCGGGCUGUUCUUCCCAUUCGCUGGAUGUCCUGGGAGAGCAUUCUUCUGGGUAAGUUCACCAUGGCCAGUGAUGUUUGGGCCUUUGGUGUGACUUUGUGGGAAAUCUUGACUUUGUGCAAGAGGCAGCCAUAUUCUCAACUCUCGGAUGAGCAGGUCAUCGAAAACACCGGAGAGUUUUUCCGGGACCAGGGAAAACAGGUGUAUCUGCCAAAGCCGCCGUGUUGUCCCGAGAGAGUGUACAACAAACUGAUGCUGAGCUGCUGGAGAAGAAAUGCCAAACAGAGGCCAACCUUCCAAGAAAUCCACAACCAGCUGAUGGAGAGUCUCGCAUAGCAAAUCUGGUGUUUCAUGUCUUAGUCUGUCCUUUGUUAUUCUGAGAUAAUGCUUUCAAAAUAAAUGACUGAACAAAAUGAAUGAUAAGGAGGCUGUAAAUAUGACUAUUAACAUGACUGAUGCAUCUUAUAUAAACAUUGCGUUGUACAUAUCUGAAUUAAAUUAUUGAUUAUAUUGCUUUCAAAUGGAAAUGCUUUGUAAUUCUAUAUUUUUAACUCAAUGCAUUACGAUGUAGUUUUAAGAUAUCUCACCAGCAAAGUUUUCUUAAAUAUAAAUUUGCUUGAAAUCUCAAAAAAAAUAAUAAUACGUUUACAAUGACCAGUUUUAUUUUCUGUUUUACAGUAUAAAAAAUGAGCACAUUGUUCAAAUGUA